AUGUCUGGUCCGCCAAAGAAAUCAAGAACUCUUGAAUCAUUCUUCUCAAAAAGUAGCCGCACCAGUUCAGUUGGAGAUAACCCUGAAAUCUCUAAAACAUGUGAAACUACCACUUGCCAAGAAUUUGAAUCAAAAUCUACUGGUGAAGAAUUCGACACACAAAGCCAAGUUGCGGUAGUCCAGGAUUGUCCUGAAGAGGAAACACACCCAGACCUCUGUUGUAUGGCGACACAAGUAAAUGUUGCAAUAUCUGAUAGAUAUGACAUUGGUAGAGCUAUAAUGAAAACAAAACGAGGAGAACAGCUGACAGAUAACGAAAGGGAAGCAUAUUUAUCGAAGAGGUGGGUGCCGCAGAGAAGGGAUGAAUAUCCAUUUUCUGAAAAGAAAAAACCAAAGAAUCAGCUCAUGGUUGGUAUGUCCUCGACAACGAAGCGUUUUCUGGGUGAAAAUCACUUGAAAACCUUCCCCUGGCUAGCUGUCAGCAGAGAGCCAAAAUGUUGCGGUGCUUGGUGUGUUUAUUGCGUUUUAUUCAAGACGUGCGAGAGUGGAGGUGGAAGAGGUGCACAAUACGGAGGUGGAGCAGGCCAGUCAAUGGGCAAACUUGUUAACAAGCCUCUUGUAAACUUUUCAGACUUGACAGGGAAAAAUGGAGCCCUCACAAGUCACCAAGAAACAUCUUUUCAUAAGACAUGUGCCAUAAAGUACACGGAGUUCUUGAGCCGUGCAACACCUGGGAGUGAGAAGGACGUUCGAUCAAUAAUGAACAUUGAAAGGCAGAAAGAGAUUGAAAGAAACAGGACUGCGCUGGUUCCCAUCAUCGACACCCUUCUAACAUGCGCCAGGCAAAAUAUUGCGCUUAGAGGCCAUCGUGAUGAUGGACCAGUAGAUUCAACUGGGAUGGAACCCAAGCACAAUGAUGGAAACUUCAGGGCAUUGCUGCGAUUGAGAGUACGGGGAGGAGAUACAAACUUGAAAGAUCACUUGAAAUCUUGCAAACGCAAUGCUUCUUUGGUAAGCAAAACGAUACAAAACGAGCUAAUUGCCUGUGCAGGAAAUAUUGUCAAAGAGGACAUAGUAAGAGAUGUAAAAAAUGCAAAAUUCUGGACAAUAAUGGCCGACGAAACCCAAGAUUGUGCGAAACGAGAACAGUUGGUCAUUGCAAUUCGUUACGUUGACACAAAAAAUGUGCCAAAAAUUAUCAAAGAAGAACCGGUCGCAAUUUUAGACCUGAUUGCAGACAUAAAAAGCAGUGACCAAUCAGAUGAAACAGAGCACAAUGAAAUUAAGCUAUGUGGCAAGGCAAUAGGGGAGACUCUACUCCGCCAUAUAAGUGAGCUUGGGUUGGAUUUGCAGUACCUCGUUGGUCAAGGAUAUGAUGGUGCUGCAUCGAUGUCCAGUGAGCGAGUUGGUGUUUGCUCCUUUAUCAAAUCUGCUGCGCCACUCGCUGACUACUUCCACUGCUGCAUGCACGCGCUAAAUCUAAGUUGUUCUCGAGCCGCAAAGAUACCAGCAAUCAGACAUUGCAUGGAUGACAUCAAAGAUAUCAACAAUUUCUUCAAGCAUGCGAAAAGAAACAGCUAUUUGCAAGCAGUCAUAGCACGAGAAUCAAUUGAAGAGCUUCAGCGACGGCAGUUGGUGACCCUCUGUGAAACAAGAUUUGUCGAAAGACAUGAAUCAGUUUUGGUUGCACGACAGCUUUUGCCUUACAUCGUUGUGUGCUUGGAAUAA